ACCGUACMGAAGCACAGCACAGCACAGCACAGCCAUCCAGCCAGCCAUCCGUCCCUCGAACGAAUAGCAGAAGCACAGUACGGUACCGUAGUUGCGACUCGCACCACACAGUGCCGUGCACCGCAGAACGGUUCCCCGGUUCCCGAGCAAAACGCGGGCCGGACCCCAAGACACACGGCACGGCACCGCAAAGCACCGCAAAGCACCGCAAACCAAGAACCGAGCCGAGCCGAGCGGAGCACCCCACGGCAGAGGAGCCCGCGGCACAAAGGACACCGCCGAGCAGCAUGGCGAACAGCUCCAGCGUUUCGAUAGAGAAGGUCUGCUACGGCUCCGAGCACCGAUCGGCGGCGGCGGUGUCGUCGAGCCGGCGGCGGAAGAGCGGCAACGGAAGCCUCCAAAACGAAAACAACACCAGCAACAACACCAGCAGCAGCAACACCAGCAGCAACGAAAACGACUUACACCACCCCGUCUUUAUGGAGGACAACGACGCCGCGAUGCAAUGGGGAUCCGACGGCGGGAAUGGCAGCGACAAGAAGGACAACAACGAGGACAACAACGAAGACGACAACGACAGCAUUCCCACCACCAUGGGCGUCCGGGCGUCCUCCAUGGACUGCGAGGGCCUUGCGGAAGAAGGGUGCGGACCCGGGGUUUGGCACGCGCGGCCUCCCUUAGACCACCCUUCGAACGCGCGAAAGCCCCACCGCCGGGACCGCCGCCGGUCCGAGAUCCACCUCCGAGCGGACCAGCAGGCCUGGGUGCAGCUGCGCCUGCGGACGGAGCUGAAGAGGGAGGCGGUGGCGGUGGCGAUGGAAACGGGGCAGCACCAGCACGAUGGCUACGGCAAUGGCACUAUUAAUGGCACUAUUAAUGGCAAUAUUAAUAGCAAUGGCAAUAUUAAUGGCAACCACGACACUCACCACCACACCCAGAACAACAACUACUACAACCACCACCACAACUACUACAACUACAACCAUGACCCAAACGACGACGACGACGACGUCUCGAUCCUCACGGAGUACAGCAUGGAAGAAGCCACCGGGGCCGCCUGCGAGGGACACCCCCGGAAGACCAGCGACAGCCCCUCACAGACCACGGUCCACACCCACACCUCCUGGACCUGCGUGACGGACGGGACGAUGCCCUUUGGCGCCGAGGGGGACCGCAAGAGGCGGCCGGCGGGGGGCGGACAGAGGCAAAGGGACCGCAAGCGCCGGCGGUAGGACGCAGGACCCGGGGCCCACGGGCAGCAAAGAGACGAACCAUCCCACGACACACGACACGACACGACACAGAGACCCUUGCUGGUUGCCAGCCAGCCAGCCAGCCAGCCAGCGAGCGAGCUCCCGGCAAGCACAAGCAUGCUUGCGUCCCACAAGGCCUCGAGAUGCCCCAACUGCGACCAACCCGUGGUGGACCGUGCUGCCCGCGAGAACAGACAGCGCGCGCUACGAACCAAGGGCAUCCCCGAACGGGUCGCGACCGCCAAAGAUCGCGCCAAGGGGCACGAACGAAAACAAGGGACAAACGGGAGACGAGGCGAGGCAAAACGAKGCGAAACGCGACGCGACGCGACAAUGCGAGCACACGCGGCCGUCUCGGGACGCCCGUCGACGCAUCAAGCACGCCUUGGAAUACAGUAAAAUAGAUACACGCCA